CGGCGCUCGGGUAGCCUAGGCAACAUUCCGGAAGUGGCGGGCUAGGUUAACCUGUGGCGGGCCCGGCCGUUCUGGAGCCUGAAGUUUUAGUGGCGGUGGAGGCAGCCGUCGGGAAACGGCAAGAUGUCACUUGUCAGAGUGAACCGUUAUGGUACCCGAGGAGGAGGAAGGAAAGCGCUGAAAGUAAAGAAGAAGAAAACGUCAGUGAAGCAAGAAUGGGAUAAUACUGUGAAUGAUCUUACAGUUCAUCGGGCAACUCCUGAGGAUCUGAUACGUCGUCAUGAAAUACACAAAUCAAAGAACAGAGCAUUAGUACACUGGGAACUGCAAGAAAAAGCUUUGAAGAGAAAAUGGAAGAAGCAGAAACCAGAAAUUUCUCAUCUUGAGAGAAGGAGAUUAUCUAUCAUGAGGGAGAUUCUUUCUGAUCAAUACCAGAUGCAGGAUGUUUUGGAAAAAUCUGAUCAUUUGAUGGCUGAAGCAAAAGAUCUAUUUGUUGAUUUUCCUCGUAGGCGCACAGGGUUUCCGAAUGUAACAGUGGCUCCUGAUUCCUCUCAGGGUCCCAUCAUGGUAAAUCAAGACCCUGUCACCCAGGCCAUUCUUAGUGAAUCUGUCAUAGAGCCUCAGGCUCUUAAUGAAGUAGAUGAUGAAGAAGAAGGAACCGUUAACAGCCAGUCUGGAGAAAGUGAGAAUGAAUUGGAUAACUCUAUCAACUCUCUGUCAAAUACGAAUGUAGACAGGUUUCUCCACCAACUAAAGGAAGAUAAUUCUGACUUAAUUAAAAAAUUGUGGACUGAUAUUCAGCAGAAAAUAACAGCACAGUCACAAGUAACAACCCUUCCAGAAACUCCAUCAUCUGCUCCUCCAUCAGGGGAACAAAACGGUUUGCUCCCCCAUUGUCUUACUUCUCCCAGAACAGUGACUUGUUUUACUGCUCUGAAUGCUACCAAUGCUGUCAAGAGAAUCCACACCAGGCUUCAAUCUGAAGAAUCUACUGAGACUCUAGACUCAAGCUAUGUUGUGGGACAAGUGCUGAACUCAAGGAAGCAAAAACAGUUGUUAAAUAAAGUGAAAGGAAAACUGGAUUCUCAUGCUCCUUCCAAGCAGAAAAAGAGCAUACUAACAGCUAGCACAGCCUCUACAGACUUACCAAAUAGCAAUAAUUCCAGCCUGGAUGUCCUCAAACACAUGAUAAAUGAAGUGGAACAUGAAAUGGAAGAAUAUGAACGGUGUACAGGACGUGAGGUCAAGGGACUGCAAAGUAGUCAGGGUCUCACAGGCUUCACUCUGUCUCUGGUGGGCUCCCUCUGUCGCCUGGUUCGGUACCUUAAAGAGAGUGAGCUCCAGCUGCGUAAAGAAGUGGAGACAAGGCAGCAACUGGAACAAAUGUUAGGUGAUCAUCGAGAGCUCAUUGAUGCUCUUACAGCUGAAAUUCUUCUUCUCAGAGAAGAAAAUACCGCAACCCAGGCAAGGCUUCAGCAGUACAUGGUCACAACAGAUGAGCAACUUAUAUCGCUCACACAUGCCAUGAAGAACUGUCCUGUGAUAAAAAGCAAUGAAGAAAAUCAGGCAUCAGAAAGGGAAUCUACGAGUAGGAAAAUUAUAGACAGUCCAGAGGGCCCAGCUGUAAAUGCUGAUGUCUCUGUGCCGUUGGUGUUCCGAGGGGAAGAAGUGGCUGCAUUGGCACAGGAAGACUUGCCUGUUAAACUGUCUCAGGUGCCAGCCCCGCCGGGUAGUGCGAACGUGGCCACCAGUUUUCCGGCACAUGUAUUUGAGCCAGCUGUGUUGUUAACACCACCCAGGCAGAAGAGCAGCUCCGGAUUCUCUCCCUUGCAGGAAGUAUUGAGGAGGACUGUCCAAACUCGCCCUGCUCCACAAAUUCCUCCAACUGUGGAAAUAAUUGAGAAGGAACAAAAUUGGGAAAGGAAGACUUUACCUACUGGCACAGACAAUCAGAAUCCAAAUGAAGAAAGUCACCUCUUCACUCAGAGGUGGAGGGUCUCUCACAUGGGGGAAGAUCUGGAGAACAAAGUCCAGGCUCCUUUUGUUAACCUCUCACAGCCCUUCUAUAGUUCCCAUUCACACACUCAGCAGGCCAGAAGCCCUGAGUUCUCAGAAGAGCCCCUGGUACUGGGAGAGGGGCAACAGCUUAGAGCAAAUGAGGCGUUAAUACAAAGAAAGGACAUCAUGGCCCGGAUCGCAGAGUUGACACUGCAGAACUCAGCUAUCAAAGCACAUCUGAAUAAUAUUAUUGGGCCAGGAGGAGAGCAAGGGGAUGGACUUCGGGAAUUAAACAAACAAGAGACCAGUCAUGCAAGCGACGUGGCUGCAACUUAUCCAACAACACAGCCUUUCACACCAAGUAGCAUGGAGGAACGGAUUGCAGAAUUGAAUCGGCAGAGUAUGGAGGCUCGUGGAAAACUCUUGCAGUUAAUAGAGCAACAGAAACUUAUUGGUUUGAAUCUUUCUUCCCCACCAGUAUCACCUAUUCCAUCACCUCUCAGAGCAUGGACUGAAGGAGGAAAGAGGACGAUUGAAGUAUCCAUUCCAGGAGCAGAAGCCCCAGAAAGCUCAAAAUGCAGUACUAUCUCUCCUACCAGUGGGAUAAAUUCAAGAAGGUCUUCAGGGGCUACUAGUAAUUCUUGUUCUCCAUUAAACGCCACCUCAGGAAGUGGGCGAUUCACUCCUGUUAAUCCAAGAGCAAAGAUUGAGAAGCAAAACGAAGAAGGCUGGUUUGCUCUUUCUACCCACGUGUCAUAAAUGAAGUUAGUUGUACAGUUUGUUCUUGGUAGCAUGUUCUUGAACUUUCACUCCCAUAUCCCUGCCCCUGCUUGCAAGUUUUCAUGUCCCUUUAGAUAAAACCUUCAAAGAUCUUGUGACUUAGUACUUAUGGAACAAAGAAUAAAGCAGUUAUUUCAGUUUGGACCUCUGCAAAUAAAUUUCCAACAACUAA